GUACCGAAUUCGACACUUUUUUUCUCGAUACUAAACGAUUCGUGAUUAUGAAUAAUGUUUAUCUCUAAAAAAUUUUAUUUUACUCUAUAUAAUAUAACAUUUUGUAUAUUUAAAAUUUUCUUCACUAUAACAUAUAUUAAUUGCAAUUACAAUGAAGAACAGAUAAUUUUAUACAAAUUACAUGAGUGCUUAUCAGAUGUUUACCAUAUAAACAAUGAUGAUAUAAACUGUGAUCUGAAAAUUUUAGAUUUUCAUAAUAACUAUGAGAUAUAUCCUAUUUUAUCACAAUUAUUAGUGAAACCAUAUUUUAAGUUUUUUAAAAUAAAUUUAGAUAAAAAAUGCCCCUUUUGGCCGGAUAAUAAAUUAUGCUCAUCUCAAUAUUGUUUUAUCAAAGCGUGUGAUAAAGAUUCUAUACCUGCUGCUUUAAGAGAUACAGAAAAUAAUUAUAAUGAAUUCAGUGAUAAUCAUAACAAAACAAUUAAUGGUGUUUCAAAUUGCUCAUAUAUAAAUACAACUUCUAAUGAUACUCAAUUAUUAAACUCUGUUGAUCUAACUAUUAGCCAUUCAGAUCAGGAAGCUUUUGAAAAUUGGCAUCAACAUGAUUCAACAUCACAAAAUUUCUGUGAAUUAGAUGAUAGUACAUCUAAAGAUUGUAAAUAUGUUGAUCUAUUAUUGAAUCCAGAACAAUAUACAGCCUUUUCUGGUUAUCCAGCUCAUAAAAUAUGGAAGGCCAUCUAUGAAGAAAAUUGCUUUAACAAUUAUAAAAAAACCAAAAGGAAAGGAUAUGGUAUAUCUCAAAAUAAUAUGAAAGAUUUAUGCUUGGAGAAGAGAGCAUUUUAUAUGGCAUUAUCUGGCCUACACUCUAGCAUUACAAUUCAUCUGUGUUCAAGAUUUUAUUUUUCGGACGGUAGUUUUGAACAUAAUCCCAUGGAAUUUACAAAGCGAUUUGAUUUGAAUCUAACGCGUGGCGAAGGAAGCAGGCGAUUACGAAAUUUAUAUUUCACUUACUUAUUGGAGAUGAGGGCUUUAGCUAAAAUAGCUCAAAAUUUGCAACACGAAAAUUAUUUCACGGGCAAUGCAGUCGACGAUGACAUGGUUAAUCAAACUAUGAAAAAGUUAUUGCGUGCCAUCAAAGCCUUUCCUUGCCAUUUCGAUGAGCACACAAUGUUUCAGGGAAACAAAUCGGAGAGUUUACAAUUAAAAGAAGAUAUAAGAUCUCAUUUCCUCAAUAUAUCACGAAUCAUGGAUUGCGUUUCUUGUGACAAGUGUCGUCUUUGGGGCAAACUGCAAACUCAAGGACUAGGUACCGCUUUCAAGGUAUUAUUCGAUUCAAAAUUUUCGAAUCCCAAGCAUAAGAAGAAUAUGAGAUUGAAAAGAAUCGAAAUUGUUGCUCUACUCAAUGCCUUUGGAAGAUUAUCCAAUAGUAUUCAGGAGUUGUCGACGUUUUACAGGAAUUUGAAUACAAGUCAAAUCCAAAGUGCUAAAUACAAAUUGGUUAAUAAGAAAUCAUCUAUUCACUCUUUCUUAAACCCUACUACCAACUCCAAUAACCUUAUGCAGAAAGAAUUAUAAAAGGCUCAUUUUUUCCUAUUCGUUACAAAAAUAAGUUCUCUUCCCCAUUGAAUUAGUAUAAUUUGAAAUAUUUAUUUAAGAAAUAAAUUAAUAUAUUUUGGCGAUCUAUAAAAUAUUUUGAAGAAAACCACUAUAAAAAUUAAUAUACUUUUUUACUUAUAUUCUUCAUCCGACUUUUAAAUGGAAUAGAAAUCUUGGAUUUUAAAAUACUUUUAACUUAACACAUCUUAUAAAUAAUAUUCAUUUCUUUCUAAAUUAAAAUGUUAUCUUUUAUAUGGUUAAAUUUUACAAAGAUAUUUCGAAAAAAUCAUAAUUAUUUAUACAUUAUCAGACCUUUUUUGGUUGUAUUUACAUCGGGUAUCAAAAUAUUUAAUUCUACCAAAUUAUACAAAAAAUUAAUUUAUUAAAUAUCAUUAUUCUGUUCGCGACUAUUAUUAUUUUCCUAUGCCAUAUCUUUCCACUUAUAAAUUUUUGUAUUUAAAUAUGUAUAUCAUGUACAUAUGUGAUGUUAGCCAAAAAAUCUAUACAUACUUAAAAAUUAAUGUUUUAUUUUUACCCCACCGACCUAUGGAAAACGUUUUACAGCAUAUAAAAAAUUCAUUAAAUUUUCAAAAAUUCACAUAUUCUUACGAAUCAUAUAGUGCAUUAUUUUUAAGUUUAAUUGACUAUUUGUUUUCAUUCGAAUAAAUUGUUUUUUAAAUAAAAUAAUAAUAGAAUUUUUUUUAUCGCGCAUCUAAUUUUAAACAAAAAUAUUUAUACUAAUCUAAUAAAGAACUUGUAAUUAUUAAUAAAAUUAAAAUGUAUAUUAUUUUAUAAUGCCAACUAGUGAUUUGCAUAGGGUCCGGCCCGAUCUUAAAUGAAUUUUUAUUUAUUUAUUACGAAAGGCCCAGUUCCAGUCCGAAAUGAAGAUUAUUUGCCGCUCGCCGAAUUUAUUUAAAUAUAUAAAAAUUUAAUUUAUUUUAAAAAUAAAACGCCUUGCUUCUUAUAAAAAAAUUUUAAAUAUAUCAAUUUAUUUUACAAAAUUGGAUAUUAUAUUUAAAAAUUUAAUCCCCGAAUUUUUU